UUUCCUCAGGAUAUGCGAAGGUAUAUGAAGCUAUGACUCCAAUUGCAAUAUCCUUCUACUGUUAAAACGGUGAUUGGAAUUUGCAUCAUAGACUAUGUACGUGGCAUAUUUUUUGUCUUGCAUCUGUGACGUCAUAUAUGGCGAGUGCGGUCUUGCCAGAACCAAGCUGGUGAUGACCACUCCUCACACUGAGAGGUGCGAAGGUCAUAUAGCCAUGGCUGGCGGUUGCUUAGGUGGCGACGUCCCUACACAAGCACACUCUCUCAGCAUAGUCAAUCGUGUUUAUGCAAAGGGACUUCGUUGUGAAAUCAUACAAAGUAGAAGAGUUGAUUGCACCAAAAACAAUCCAAAGAACAAGCUGCACAAAUAGCACAAGCAUGGUAUUGGAGAGGUAAGAUCAAUGCUUCUUCAGAAAAUUAUGAAGAUGCAAUGGCAGACUUGCACGUAGCAAAUUUGAUGGAGACAUCAUCGGGUGGCAAGAGACAGAUUGAAGGUGAGAUGAAGUUACUUCAGGUCCAGUUCACAAGGAUGUCUGGUUCAUUAACUCAGCAUGACGAGAACAUCUUCAAAAUUUCAGAUGUGCCGCACGAGGUAAAAGUGAAGUCCAUUGUGAUGCCACAUAAAGGAAGGGGGAUGGCUUCAACUGGUGAAAUUCCUCCAUCUUAUUUGGUUCACAGUGAGGAACCUUACGCUGCAGUCAUAUUGAAGAAUUGUCAAGACAGGUACUGUCACUAUUGCUUCAAUGAAUUACCAGUGGAUGUGAUACCCUGCUCUUUCUGUGUAAUACCACGGUACUGCUCUGAGCAUUGCCAGCUAAAAGCAGGAGGACAUCAAUCAAGAAACAAUGUAGAAGAGGUUAGCCUUCAUGUAGAAGUUCCUAAAGAGACUGAAAAUCAUAUCAGAGAAGUUACUUCUGAAAAUGGGGAGGAGAAAAUUCCUGAGCACUUUCCAGAACACAGACAUGAAUGCCUGGAUGCAAACUGGCCAGCUGUUUUGCCACACGAGGUAGUUUUAGCUGGUCAAGUGGUAGUGAAGUCCCUGGUGCGAAGAAGAGACCUGGUGGAGAUAGAAGCCUUGGUAUCUUAUGACAGUAAUUGA